CUCCAGUCACCCUAUAUAUGUUUAUUGUGUUUGUAGUUUAGUUGUUUUGUUUGUGCUGUGAUCAAUCUGGGGAAAUUGAAAUUUAGCUUUUAUGCGACAUUGAUACAUCUUUGUGCAGUUUUUUAAAAAUCCCUACGUUGUGCAGUUGUCAUUUAGUUCCAAUUGCUUCGCUUCAUUGUUGUGCUUUUCCCUUGUUUUUGCUUUUGUCUUUUUGGUGACCCAUGUCACUCCUGCAAAUUUGACUCCUCUCUCCUGGUCUCUUGAGUUCUUGACUCGUUAAAAAAAAGACAAUCAACAACUGUGCAAGUGGAUUCAAUUGGUGACGCUGCUCUUCCUGGAAUGGGCCCGUCACCCUCUUCUCCUUAGUAACUGCGCUGUUAGGUUACACUUUCCUCUUCCUGCUUCAAUCGUACAGCAUUCUGUGAUCUCCACACACUCGCUGAGACGCACGCUGAGAGCCUCGCUGAAACACUCGCUGAGACACUCCCUGGGACACUCAUCGAGACACUUGCUGAGACACUCACUGAGAUACUCACUGAGACAUUCUCUUAAACCCUCACUUAGACACUCUCUGAGACGCUCACUAAGGCACUUACUGAGACACCCGCUAAGAUACUCACUGAGACACCCACUUAAACCCUCACUUAGACACUCUCUGAGACGCUCACUGAGACACUCACUUAAACCCUCACUUAGACACUCUCUGAGACGCUCACUGAGACACCCACUUAAACCCUCACUUAGACACUCUCUGAAACGCUCACUGAGACACUCACUUAAACCCUCACUUAGACACUCUCUGAGACGCUCACUGAGACACUCACUUAAACCCUCACUUAUACAUUCUCUGAGACGCUCACUGAGACACUCACUGAGACACUCGCUGAGAUACUGAGAGAGGAGCAGAGUCAUGACCACCCCAGCUGCUGCUGCAUCUGAGGUGCUCAGCUGCUCCAUCUGCCUGGGUGCGUUCCACUGCCCAUCUACGCUGAGCUGCGGCCACUCGUUCUGCCUGCAGUGCCUGGAGGACGCGUGGCAGGUGGCCGGGCGCUGCUUCUGUCCCCAGUGCCGAGCCGAGUUCGAGCAGAAGCCGCAGCUGACCAGGAACGUGGCGCUCGCCAACCUUGUAGAGGAGCUCACUGUGAUAAAUAAAAGAUCACUGCAAGUUUCCUGUGACAGCUGUCUGGAUGGUGAAGCCCCUGCUGUGAGAAAUUGCCUGACGUGCGAGAUGUCUUUUUGUGAGUCCCAUUGUAAGCGUCACCUGCAGAAUCCAAAAUUCAAAGACCAUGAGCUGGUCGAGCUGGGUGCCAACAUGGAAGCUCGCAAGUGCAAGAGGCACAAGAAGCGUCUCGAGUUCUACUGCACGCAGGACGAGAGCCUGGUCUGCACGAGGUGCGCCAUCGUGGGGGAGCACGCGGGACACAAGUUCAGCAGCGUGGAGGAAGAGCACGAGGCACGGAAGGAGGAACUCAGACUCGAGAAGACGAGGAGAGAGGAGAACAAGAAGAUAGGAGCGUCACAUACUCAGUCGCUGAAGGACGACUACCGGCGCAUGCAGGAAUCUCUGCAUGGGGUCAAGGAGCGGAUCACCCGAGAGUUUGAGCGCAGGAGGGAACAGCUGAGGGAGGAGGAGAGGGAGGCGCUGGAGCGCGUGGACGAGGAGGGCCACUCCGUGCUGUCCCGCAUCCAGGCGGACAUCGAUCACUACGAGAGCAGAGCACGCGGCCUGGAGCAGGAGAUCAACAAGCUGCUCGCUGUCUUCAACGUGCAGGACCCACUCGCCUUCCUGCAGGAUCCUGUGCAUGAGAAUCUCAGGAGCAGCUCGGUCUCUCAGGGGACUCAGGAUAACCCUGCCCCCGUGUCCAUCCGCCUGAACCUUGCAAAGGCCAUUUCAGUGGGAGGCAUCCCAACGAAUCUUCUGGCUGUUGUGUAUGGACGGUCACCGACUCUGGACACAAACUCAGCCCACAACAAACUCCAGAUUUCCUCAGAUCUUAGGACGGUGACACUGAGUGGUUUCUCGCAGGGUCGCGCCGAUCACCCACACCGGUUUGAUAGGAAGUUACAAGCCCUGUGCUAUGAGAGCUUCUCGUCGGGUCAGCACUACUGGGAGGUGAACGUGGAGAAUGUGCAGCGGUGUCGGAUUGGAAUCGCAUAUGGGACGAUCCCACGGAGCGGGAGUGGUAUUGAGUGCCUCUUGGGAGGGAGUGACAUCUCCUGGAGUCUACGGAAAUAUAACAGCAGCUUUUCAGUGUGGCAUGGCGGGGUAGAGACCUCACUGAUGGUGCCGGAGCCUCCACGGAGAGUCGGGGUUCAUCUGGACUGGGAAGCGGGGCUCCUGUCGUUUUACAGCGCCGACUCCAUGGCACUGUUAUACUCUGUUCACCAAACUUUCACUCAGCCCCUACAUCUUGGGCUGUACAUCGGGUUUGGUGAAGUUGGUCACUCUGUGACGAUUUUGGAUCUGAGCCAUGCGUCCUGAGAGAGGUGAACAUAAACACCAUAAAGAGCAGACACCACGACACAUGACACUCGCGCCAUCGUCACCGUUAUGUGUAGUGCCGGGUCUGUGAUUGGUUGGUGGGUGCAGUGGUUAUGAGUGUGUGGCUCUCGAUUAGAAUGUGGGUUGAGCAUAAUUGAUCAAAACCUUUCUAGUGGUUGACAAUGAAGUACCACUCGGUGUGUAGAAUCAACAUGGAUGUAUUCACGCUGCCAGAGGAGUGUGAUUAUAGUAUAGGGGUGCAAUUAUAAUUAUCUUUGGUGAAAUGGGAUGUCUUUAUACACUUGUGGUGUAAUGAAUUGUUGGAGAAAUACAAUACUAAGGUACAAACGUAGAAAUGUACACGUACGGAAAUGGCAUUAUAACGCUUCUAUCAUUGAUUCUACU